UCUGUCUUUAGAUAACUAAUGUCUAUGAAUUAUAGGCGAAAUAUAUAUUAUGUCUAAUAAGUCCCAGGACAUCGCCAUUAUUAAUACUUUGGCCCAUGAUUUAGAGAGAAAAUAAUAUUCAUUUUUAUUCAUGCUUUUAUGUUAAGUUUUCACAGUUGUCUUUUUAUGUUUUGGCAUUAUUGUUAUGGCUUGAUUGUCAGUGUAUUUUCAACGUGUUUUGAAAUACGAGCCUUUUUUAUAUUCUCUGUUUUUUGCUUUGAUAUGUUUGUUUCGUCCUUUCUUGUAUGAAUAUAAUACUACAACAAUGGAGAUUUGUAUUAUUAUAAUAUUUUCUAUAAAAGCAAAUCUACGGAGCAAAUUCCAUGUCAACAUCACAGAAACAUUGAAAUUUCCGUAGUUUAGAAAUAAAUUAAUUAAAUAUAUUGUAACGUUUUUUUAAAUGCUUUAUAAUGUACACUCUUACUUGAUAAGAUAUGCUGAAACUGACAAAUAGCUUUUACAGAUAUUUGAGGGUAGCUACAGACAAAGUACAUGUGAGAAAAUUUGCACACUUGACCAGGAAGAAGACAUGCACCACGGAGUGGGGUUCAAAGCUAGUUUUGUUCCAUACUGGUCAAGUGUUGAGACAGAAAAAACGGUUUAGGAUAAGGAUACCGUCGUUGAGUGCAAAUGAGUGCAGUGAAGUCGGCCAAAUGAGCGAGUUACCAAGGCCUACACACAACCAUGCCAGUCACGGCGGAUCAUUUGAAAUUUCUGAAGAGGAUCAUGUCGAGCAAUGGCGACGGCGUUCUAUCGAGUCGGCCAAGGGACAGCGGGUAGUGCCUCCUGAUUUUAGGAGAUGGGAGGUGGUGCGCAGAAGCAAUAGUUCAAGUGACGGUCCAUCGUUCAAGUUCAGGGUGAUGUCGUACAAUGUGCUGGCGCAGUGCUUGCUGGAGCAGCAUCGAACGCUGUACACGGAGUGUGAGCCGCGGAACCUUACGUGGAAAGUCAGAUCCGCGAGAAUAUUCAAUGAGAUCACUCAACUCGCUCCCGAUGUACUAUGCCUUCAAGAAGUCGAGGCAUCAUAUGUAAACAGCUUUUAUGCAAAGUUUGAGGAGAUGGGAUAUUUUGGCGUUUACAAACGGAAAACUGGCGAGCGGCACGACGGGUGCGCCAUAUACUUCAAACAGUCGAUGUUCUUCAUGCAGGAUCAUAUCAGCGUGGAAUUCUACCAGCCCCGCCUGCCGAUUCUGAACCGCGACAACGUAGGUAUUAUAGUGAAGCUGAUACCGCGGGCGCUGCCCAGGACUCCUGUGGUGAUCGCCACCACGCAUCUUCUUUACAAUCCGAAGCGGACUGAUGUCAGGCUGGCGCAGAUACAGCUGUUCCUAGCCGAGAUAGAUAGAUUCUCGUACUAUACCAACGGCAAGGACUCGGGGCACUACCCUACGAUCUUGACGGGCGAUUUAAAUUCUACGUCGAACAGCGCUGUGAUAAAACUAUUAGAACGGGGACAUGUUAGCCGAAUAAACCCGCUCCGGGAUGUGUCAGAUUGGAAAAGGAUAGGUGUCACCGAUAAUUGUCAACACUUAUCGGUGUAUUUGAACAGGCAGAAGGGCGAAGCGACAGAUUUUAGUGAUGUACAGAUAUUCAACUCAGACUAUAGUAAGGACCCGCACGAGCCAGACUCAGACGACCUGGACGAGUCGUGUUCCGAGUUCGAUGCUAUGUUUAACGGCGAGGUGAUCGGUCAUUCGCUGCAACUGAUGAGCGCUUACAAUAAAUGCAAGAGCGACGGGCAGCGUGAGGCCUCCACCUUCCAGAACUACUGGCUCACCGUUGACUAUAUUUAUUUUAGCUGCUGCAGUGCCCUGCGUUUGGUGGAACGGCUUCGCUUACCGACGGAGACCGAGUGUGAAGUGCUCGGGAGCCUGCCCAACGACGUGUACGGGUCUGACCACCUCGCCCUCGCGGCUCUCUUUGAACUCGUGCCCUGCAAGUCCUCGUUAUAAACCAACCAAUCCAUUCAAAUUGAUCUAUAAACCGAUAGCGAUAUUUUCAGCGUUCUAUUUUAUCUACAUUAAUUAUUGUCUGUGUAGUGUAUUAUAGAACAAAGCGUAUUAUUGUAUAUCACCGCUCGUAGAUGCCACUGGAAACUGUCAGGCAUUUUUAAGUAUAUUCGUAUGUAUGUGAGUAAUAGAAUAUAUCUGUUUUUGAUUAUAAAUCUUUUCUGACAUGAUCUACUCUACUCGUAGUUUUUGAAAUGUCUAACCAUGUAUGUCGAAAAUCUGUGGCAUCAAUAGUGAGACAGUGUUUUUCUGACUAGAUAAUCUUAAAAUCGUCAUGCCACAGGCCAAAGAAAUUUUGUGUAUGUAAAUGUAUUUUAAACUGGGCCUCCACUGCGAAUAAAUCGACAGUAGUACUCCGACCGCUUCAUCCACGCAGAGAGGAAAUGUACAAAUGUUUUGACCAUCUGUUUAUAUCAGUAUGAAACGAUGUUUCACUAACGAUAAUGUGUCACUGAAAUGUUUCGCGUAGAGCGUACCAAAAACACACGUUGACACCCAGCUUUAAAUACUUGACGACUUGGCUUCGUUAAGGCCAUACUUGUAAAUAUAUUGCAAUAAUUGUUAAAUUGUAUAAUUAUAAUUAUGUAACAACUAGA